GCGGUGGACCUAGUUUUGCGAAGGCCAUGGCGUCCUUGGUUCGCAUUUCUUGGCUAAUUGCAUUAUUUGCUCUAGUGAUUCUGAACUGUAUGCUGCUGACUUCAUACCUUUCAACGCAACCCAUCAUGAAUAUGGUUGCACUGCAGAAAUCGCAGGUCAAUGAAACUGCAGAAAUCGCAAAAAAUCGACCAGACAUGUAUUUGACACUCUGGCUCCAUCAAGUUCACAAGUGGUUUCGGGACAAAACUGAAGGCAAAGAAAAGGUACGUGCCUUUAUUCAAGAAGCCAAGGCAAGCGGAUUCAGCGCAAUAAUGACAAAUGUGCCAUGGGCAUGGACAGAAAGAGAAGAACAAAAUGAUAUUCGCAUUGACACGUUUGACAAGGACUUCAUGGAUGUCGUCUGUGAGGAAAGAUUGAAAUUACAUAUUGUACUUGGAUUGAACGAAUUUCCGCCCUGGGUAUCUGCUCAGCGCAUUGACAGUCAGAAUUACUCGGAAAAAGGUUCCAGGCACCAGAACUGUGCCAAACGUGAUUCUAUUCCUUCUCCAGCUCUAGCACAUCCAGAGGUUUGGGACUUGAUUUCGAAUUUUGUCAGCAAAGUUACGUGGAAACUUACCACCAAAUAUGGUGAUUGUAUUGAGAGCAUUUCGCCCACGGUGAAUAAUGAGUUUGAGACGCGCUACACGCAAGAGUUUGACAAGAUGCGGGACUACUCAUUUCAUUCCCUUGAAACCUACCGGAGAUGGCAGGAAAGUAAAGGUCUGAAGCCCAUAGAUGCCUUUGAUUACCCAUGCGAGCCUGUGUGCAGACCCAUUGUCGACCAAUCAGAGUCUUUACAUCUUUGGUUAAUGUUCCGGCAAGAAUUUCUAGCAAAGAAAUAUGAGGCGCUUUGUUUCCUGGUGCACACGGAGUGGAAUCUGGAGAGGAACCAAGGAACGACACCGUCUUGUUUACUUCAUUUUGGCGAGUUUUUUGCGACAACGGAUGUGUUGAACAGCAACUUGUUGUUUUACUUGGCACGUUCGCCAGUGGUCGACCACGUCGUCAUGGACUCCAACAUGGCGCUUCUGGGAGCCCCGUCCUCGCCAAGCAUUGUUGGAGUCAUGGUUUCAACUGCAAAGGCCUAUGGCAAAACCGUGCACUACGAAGCAGCCACGGAAAGGGUCUUGCCUUGUACUGACGACGGCAAGUUGCAGCAAGUGCAAAAUAUUUCCAUUCUGAAGGCCGGUGCACACUUGUUGCAAGAGGGCUUGCAAAGUGCAAUUGAUGCUGGUGUGGAUUGCCUUGGAAUCACAAACCUGUGUGCUCCGAAAGCAGCCGUGGACAUGAUGCCAAGAAAAACCAGGCCGAACCAUGAGGCAUUCAGUGGCUUUGGAUGGUUUGGUGGCCGUGAUUUACGUGCCCUAUGGCGUUUUCUAUUCCUGGUCAUUCGUGAUGGGUGGCACGACAUGUGGUGCAUCUCCGACCGACUGUUGGCUUCCAGAGUUUGCAAAGCUGCCGGUUUUUGGACGUGCGCGGAACUCCCCACGUGGCACAUGUGGCAGGGACAUGGCACAGCUUCCGUUGCUAAAAUUGUGGGAGGAAUUGGGCAAGCAUCACGACAGAAUUCAAGUCGUUGGUGAUGCAAACAUGCUUGUCAAACUUCCCUUGGCACAGGUUUCAAAACGGGUAUUUUUGCGUUAUCUCUGUGUCAUGAGAGAGAAAUGGGAUUUCCCAGGUGGCUUGCAACAGCAGAGAAUAUUCGAGGAUACAGUGCGCAAACAAUUUUAUUUCGAAGAGAUCAGCGUUUCACAAGAUCUUUGCAACUAGUUUUUGUAAAAAUGACAUGAGCAGCAAGGCUAGCGGGUGCUUUGCUGAUGUUGCCAGAAGUCAAUUUGCCAGGGUAGUUUGCCUAUCGGGGUGCCCUCAAAGUUCGAUUUGUGAGUUUUGGACACCCUCUGUGCCACUUACCAGCAAUCAACCUACCAAAGGAUAGCUUCCAGGAAACAGUUUCGGAAUUCUAGGAACCAGGGAUGUCUAAUUUGGGAAGAAUGAAAGGCUACGGACAGUCCAGAGGGUGAUGUUUGUGUUUCAUCUGGUAGCCAAAUAUCUUUUCAUAACGAGGCGUCGCAUGAACCUGUGAUAACC